AUGAAGCAGCUGGCGUGGAAUUAUUUUUGGUGGCCAAACUCGAAUGAAGAUAUCGAGAAAUUAACGGGAUCGUAUGCACAUUCCAAAUGGCCAGAAAUAAUGAACAUGAAAAACGAUAUGCAAGCUCAAAGUACUAUCAAAGCAUUUAAAACUAGUUUUAGUGAAUAUGGUUCAUCGAAUCACGUCGUAAAUGACAAUAGUCCACAGCCAAUAAGCUAUGAAUUUGAAGUAUUUCCUAAACGCAACGGCGUAAAACAUUCUUUCACACCUCCGAAUUAUCCAGCGAUGAACGAAGCUGCUGAAAACUUCGUUCAAACUUUUAAAGAUAAAGUUGAUAAGGUAGUUAGGGGUUUAAAAUCGCUAGACGAUGCAGUAAACUUAUUUUCAUUCGAUUACAGGAGCACAAAACGCUGUACUACUAACAAAUCGCUCGCAUGGCUUAUGUUUAGAAGGGAGUUACGUACUCGAUUUGAUCUACUGAAGCCGAGUUUAACUCCUGAAAUCGAGAAAAAACAAUACGAUCAAAUGAUGAGCAGAAUGGGAAAACGAAAUUGUGACCUCGGAUUGGCGAAAAAAACGGGUUGUCUGUAA